AUGGGUGAAAAGAUCACCGAAGAUCAAGUCGCAAACUUGCUGGCACUACUUCGAACCGAUGCCUCAAUAGAUGCGAAGGUCAAUCAAAUCAACAAUAUCAAAUCCAGUAUCAAACAGCAUAACGUAUCCGAACCAUGUAUACCCUCGAUAUUCGAGGUAUUGCGCAUAGCAAUGUCAUCGCAGCAUGCUGCGCUGGUCAAUGCUGGAUUCUCUACCCUCAACCAUCUCCUCACCAGAUUAUCGCGCCAGGAACCAAAGUAUAUCGUGAAGGAAGCUGCGCGGACUCUGCCAUUGAUAAACGAUAAGAUGGGCGAUCAGAGGGAGAAAUAUAGACAACUUGCUGCGCAAUGUCUUACCACUUUUUGGAGGAACGCACCGAUAGAUGUGGAAAGAAUCGUUAAAAACGCGGGACUAGUAGGAAAGAACUCAAGGAUGAAAGAAACAUCAAUGAAUUGGGUUGUGCAGAUGCACCAAGAGCAUGGGAUGCCAUUCAAAAGUUUUGUGACUACACUAAUGGAUUUACUCGAAGAUGCCGAUGGCAUGGUAAGAGAUACUGCGAGAAAUUCUGUCAUUACUCUGUUCCAAAACGCUCCCAAUGGUGCCAAAUCCGACCUCAAAAAGCAAUUGAAGAAUUUUAAUGUUCGACCAGCGAUUGUAUCGGCCAUCACAAGUCAACUCAUGCCAGGAGGACCCCCAGCGGUUGUGGAGCCCGAAAGAACUGAAGUCCCUAUACGAAAUCCUUUAGCUAGUAGUGUAUCUGCGAUGGCCAUCUCGAGACCUCCAACACCAGAAGUCAAAAUCGAGCAAGUGGAUCCUGCAUAUGUGAAUACACUGAGAGAAUUAGAGGAUACCUUUCAAGAAAUGUAUCCAUGGUUCCAGGACAAGGAAUCGGAAGCAAAUUGGUUCAAGAGAGAACAAAGUUGUACAAAAUUAAGGAGACUGAAUGCCGGGAAUGCCCCAAGCGACUAUCAUGAUGCUUUCCUUGUUUGUAUCAAAGGUCUUCUGGAUGGUAUAUUGAAAGCUGUUAACUCACUGAGAACGAGUCUUUCCAAGGAAGGGUGUAGUCUCGUUCAAGAGGUCGCCAGAACUGCAGGACCUGGUCUGGAUCCUAUGGUCGAAAUUCUUCUACAAAAUCUCAUCAAGCUCUGCGGUGGCACCAAGAAGAUUAGUUCGCAGAAUGGAAACGCCACCGUUGAUAUCAUUAUUAGUGGCGUCACCUAUAAUCAUCGGAUUAUGCAGCAUAUUUGGCUCGCAUGCCAGGAUAAAAAUGUUCAGCCUAGAACAUAUGCCACAGGUUGGCUCAAAACAUUGCUAAAGAAGGAAGCGCAACACAAGAGUCACGUUGAACACAGCGGAGGCUUGGAAUUGGUAGAGAAAUGUAUAAAGAAAGGUCUAGCCGACCCAAAUCCUGGUGUUCGCGAGAACAUGAGAUCAACCUACUGGACCUUUGCUCAGAUAUGGCCAGCAAGGGCUGAGAUAAUAAUAGAGGACCUAGAACCGACCCAGAGAAGAUUACUAGAAAAUUCUCCUGACAAUCCCAAUGCUCCAAAGAAGGCACCGGUAGCGGCAGCGAGCGCCAGGCCCGGCCUUGGUUUCUCCAAGAGCACUGCUGGACCCCCUAGACCUUCUUUGAGAGAGACAAUGUUGGCACAAAAAAAGGCACAGAUGGCCAGCAAAAAUAUUCCUUCUCGUCCUGGCUCCGCAAUGUCAACAUUUUCUCCAACAAGGACCGUUUCAACUGCAUCUAUCAAACCCUCUUCUUCGGAAGCAGCUCUUACACGGCCGCAUCAAGAGGUCAAUACAUCUCGUGGCGGUCUUUCUGUCGCACCCAUGCGACCGAGUAAAUCAAAGAGACCAGAACUUGCUGCCAGGCCUGCAACUGCCGGGCCGUACUCUGUGAGGAGAACCAAUCAAGCUUCCAGCGAAGCAAAUGCAAGCCCUUCGUCCUCUACAUCCGCAAGACCACCAAGAUCCAAGACUCCUGUUGCUACAAGUUCUCCUCAAACCAGAAGAGCCCCGAUGCCGAGGCCCAAUACAAGCCAUUCUAGUCAUCCAACUCAGUCUAGCCAUUCAACACAGUCCAGUCACCCAGCCCCUUCCACCCACACAAGUCCCGCAAAGAGCACAUCUGGUCGAGUUGCAACUGCUUCCCCCAGACUUGCUGCUUCUCCGCAUAUUAGUAGUCCUGACAGGACAAGAACCAAAUCAAUACCUGCAUUCCCGGGAUCCAGUCCCACGAGAGCUGAUGAAGAUUUUACCAUGGUUGUUCCCAACAUUACAGGAUUAGAGCGGACGCAAUUUGAUAGAGUUCCUCAGGCCAUUGACUCAUCUGAUGGAGAACGUAUCAAAGCACCCUUCAAUCAACCAAUGAAGGUUUAUGAGGAUCCGUUCUCAAGUACAGAUGUCGCAAUUACUUCUAGGCCCACAUUUACUCCAUCCGUUCUAGAAGAAUUGCCUGUCAAUGAAGAGGCUUUAAAUCUAUCAAGAAACGGUAUUAAUGAGUUCGAUGGCGAGGGAGCUAAGAUUACCCCGAUGUCUCCCGACAAGCUCAAACAAAGCACAAAAUUACUCGACAGCGGUAUCACCAAAAUCAGAGCCAAAUCUCUAGACGUCCACGGUUUCAGAAAACUUCAGGCCAUGAUCAGAGAACACAAAGCCGUAUGGGAAGAUGGAAGAUUCGCUGCUCUCUUGUUAGGUCUCUUCGAAUAUCUCGAGGAACCAUUAACAAACCUCUCAUCUGCAAAAGUCCAAGACGUCAAAGCACAAAUAUUAGCCACAAUCAAACUCAUGUACAAGAACUACCGACAAUCCUUCGGACCACAUAUCGCAAAAGGGUUCCACUCCAUUCUCGUCACCCGCUCCUGCUACGAUGCACGCGCCCACAUUGUCAGUGGUCUUGAACUUCUCGCCGACGAACUUGUCACACUCGCUGACCCUAAAGACACCAUCUCCACCAUUCUCUCUUCCCUUUCCAAAGAAGAAAUGACAUUAGAAGGAUGUCGAAAAUUAAGUAUGGGAUUACAUAUACUUAAGCAGACACUAGAUACCCAAACGGAAGUUGAUUUGGAGGGUGUGGAAAUUGAUAGCAUUUUGGCAUUAGCGGCAAAGUGCCUUGAAAGCAAGGAGAGCGGAGUAAGAUUAGAUGCUGUGGUACUUUGUGUGAGCACGCAUUCGCGAAUUGGAGAGGCAAGAUUCUGGAGUGGUAUUGGCGGGAGAGUGAGUGGUGAUCCCAAGAGCUUGAUUACAUAUUAUAUUGUCAAGAGACAGAGGGAAUUGGAGGUGGGUAAUUGA